AUGUCGUGGGAGAAACAGUGGAAUCUUGAUGAAAUCUGGUUUCUCUGUAGAAACAUUUUUAUGGUUGUCAUAUUUAUCGCGAUUCUGCUCUUUAUGCUUUGCGAACUAGCUCUAUCUAGGGGAUUGAAUUGUGAAAUCAUACAAGAAUUGACCAAAGCUGUGGUGUUUUUCCCGUCACUUUUUAUUUGCUCGCUGCUGGUCUACACAAUCCUAUUCGCAAUGGCAGGUGUGUGCAUUGCCGUCCAGUGGUCACUUCAAUCUAUCGAUGGACUACCAGAAUCGUUUCUCAUAAUCAAUUAUAUCAUCGAAAUCUUGUGUUUGAUCUGGUUCAACUGCUUCCUAUCCGCCUUCUUGAAGCUUAUCGCUUCUGGGAGUUACGCCACUUGGUACUGGACGAGGAACAAGCAAGAAGUUCCAAAAUUCACGACUAUGCGAUACUACGUGGGCACUUCAACAUUUGGUUCGUGUUUCAUGCCAGUAAACGAAGGCAUGGCUAAAGCUUAUAUGAUGCUCCACGGCACAAGCUUCUUCGAGUCCGCCAGGAUCUCCAACAAUCUUUUGCAUAGAAACAAGAGAGCCAAACAAAUUUACGGAGAGAUUUGUUGUGAGUGGAUAUUGUUAGUGAUCUCGAUUGUAAGCGUCUCCUGUAUUUUGUACAAGGCCGUAUUGUUGAUUACGUUAAUGGAAGAAUUUCAGAGCUCAUGGGCUCAACUGCUCGCUUGUUUUAUCAUUUUGCGGACGGUGUAUUGGAUGUUGGAUUUGUUGCAAGUAGCUAUCGACACCAUCUUUAUCUGCAUACUCGAAGAUUUUGAAGUCAACGGCAAUAGCGAUAGGCCUCAUUACAUGUCGGAUAAGCUGAAGGUGCUUAUUCCUAAUCCCCAAACGGAACAAUAA